ACUCUAUCUUUUUACCUCCUACCCUGAUAUACGUUCCCGAUAAUUUUGACGAUUAGUACAAUUUAUGAAAUAUAAAUGGCGUACACUGUACAAUACAGUAUGGCGCGGUUGGCGUACAGUUUAGAGUUUAGAGGUCCAAUAGUAAUUCAGAUUUUUCAACAUAACUUUAAUGUUUUUUAAAAAUUCUAUAUAGAAUCACAAAUUGUGACAAAUCGAUAUUUAAUUACGAAUCAAAUUAUGUAUGGCAAUUUUUAAAUACGUAUUUAAUAGCGAUACGAGAUUAUAACUCUUUGUACGAAAAUUAUCUUUGAACGUUGCAUUUAUUUAAUACAGCGCAUCAAGACAACAUACGCAAGAAAUUUAAAAUCCACUUCAAUCACGAGUACGCAAAAUAAAACGAAUACAAAUUACGAACUGUUUACUUCUUCGUCCAAAUCGAUCUGAAUCCUUAUAAACACAAAUUUGUUCUGAUGACAGAUCAUUUGCUAUGUUUAUAUACAUAUACAUAUGUAUAUGUGUGUAUACUUUAAGCAAUAAGGAUGUUUCCUGAAGAUAAUGAUUCAGUCACGUCGUUAUUGUCGUCAAUUUUAUUCGCGAGUAUUGCUACGAUACAGGAAAAUGACAGACGUAACAAUUACUGAGAUUAAAGUGCACGAUAUAAGAUUUCCGACAUCGCUUCGGUGUAUUGGAAGCGAUUCAAUGCAUGACAAACCCAAUCACGCUGUUACGUACGUAAUAAUUGAAACUAACAAGAAUGACUUGAAGGGAUACGGCAUCACAAGCACUUUGGGAAGAGGAAAUGAAUUUGUGGUGCAAACGUGCAAACACAUAAUCAGACUUGUAAAGAAUCGAAAGAUUAAGGAGAUUUACUCAAAUUUUGCAUUCUUUUGGAGAGAGUUAACGAACGACCCGGAAUUACGACAUUUAGGGCCGGAGUGUGGUGUGGUACAUCUAGCUGUAGCAGCCAUCGUGAAUGCAUUAUGGGAUCUGUGGGCACGUUUCGAGAAAAAACCUGUCUGGCAGCUGCUUACUGAAAUGACACCUGAACAGCUUGUUUCCACGAUAGAUUUUAGAUACAUUACAGAUGUGGUGACCAAAGAGGAGGCAAUUCAAAUGCUUAAGGAAAACGAAUCGUACAAAAAGAAAAAUGAGGGGAUAUUACAAAGAAUAGGAUAUCCCAUGUACACAGCUGAUGUUGGAUGGUGGAGUUUUAAAGAGCAACAAAUUAUAAGUAGCUCCAAGAAAUUUAAGAAACUCAACUUUGACACCUUUAAGAUAUCUGUGGGUCGCUCAGUUGGCGAGAGCUUCAAGAAAUAUAAAGUGAUACGUAGCACGAUAGGAAAAAAGAAGAAAAUCCUGGUGGAUGCGAAUGAAUUCUGGGACGGCGAAGAAGCGAUAAGUGCUGUGACAAGUUUCAAGGAAACUCUUCCCGUAUGCAUAGAAGAACCAACAUCCACCGACAAUGUCUCAGCUUAUGCUAAAAUACGAAAGUCAUUAAAAAAGCUUAAACCUUCGGUGCAAGUGACCUGCGGUGAAACAUGCGCAAACCGCGUACAAUUCAAACAAUUCUUAAAAGAAGAAAACAUCGAUUUCUGGGAAAUUAACGUGGGAAGGCUCGGUGGAGUUAACGAAGCCUUAGCUGUAUACUUUAUGGCAAAAAAGCACAACAUACCUGUAUGGGGGCAUGCUGGUGGAAUAGGUCUGGGUGAGAUGAUCCAACAUCUUCAAAUAUGGGAUUUUAUUUGCUUGAGUCAAUCUAUGAACACUAUGAUAGAAUAUGUCAAUCAUCAGCAUGGAUACUUUGUAGAUCCUAUAUUCGUUAGAAAUACUUUUUGUUUACUGCCUACGCGUCCUGGAUUUUCAACUCAGCUUAAGAAUAAGGCCCUUAAGCGAUGGUCUUAUCCAGAUGGUAAACACUGGAUACAUCUGUUUAAGAUUAAAGUCUUCGAGAAUGAACUUAAUUAUUAAAAAGAAAAAUAACACGAAAAAA